CGACGGCUCCUUCGGCGGGGGCGUGUCCGAGUUCUUCGGCGCCGGGGGCUCCAUCAGCAUGCAGGGCACCCCGGGCGGCGAGGCGCUGGCGCGGGUCAACGCGCUCUACCCGGGCUUCGGCCCCAGCGGCACCUGGCUCAUGCAGCCCAAGCAGGCCAACAAGACAACCGCCGCCGCCGCCGCAAAGGGGAAGUUGGACGUGCAGCAGCUGAUGACGCAACUGUGGGCGUCGGUGGCGCUCCGCGACAACAUCGUCACCGUCUUCGGCUACGUGCUCAGCCUGCCCGCCAGCCCGCUCUCCGCCGAGCUGUACACGUCGCUGUUCCACGUGUUCGACGCGGUGCGGCUGCGCCGGGUGGCCACGUUCGAGCUGAUCCGCGCCGUCAGGGAGCUGGCGGGCGCCGGCCCCGCCGGCCAGUUCCUCGCCCUCUUCAGGGCCAUGCGCCUCGUCGCGCCGCGCUACCUGCAGAGCGCCGUCAGCGUGUGGGUGGACGCCUGCCGCAAGCGGCCCGACUUCCUGGACGGCGUCCUCAGGCCCGGCGGCGGCCCGCUCGUCGUGGACUUCCUCGCCGGCAUCGACGCCUCCCUCCUCGACCAGCUCGCGGAGGAGCUGCAGUGGCCCCACGCCGCCGCCAAGAACGGCUCUGCCGCAAAGGACUUGUUUGGGGCCGACAUCUUCGAGAACGUGUUCACCGCGCUGAGAGAAGGCACUCUCGAGCUGACCCAGUCUCUGUUCGCUCUCUUGUUGGUGAACCGACCGACGAACGACGUGGCCGCGGAGAAGGACGAGACGGAGCGCUACUUUGUGGAUGUGCUGCGUCUGGGGAACGUUGAAAAUUGGAGUGGAAUUGUGAAAGAAAUAACGAAGGAAGACCAGCAAGAUCCCGACACGCUCAUUAAAAAGGUGCUGAAACUCGUGUCUGAGAGCGAACAGAAUGAGCUGUCGCUGAGGGAAGAUGCUCGUUACCUCCGCCUCUACUUGCGCAAACCGUCCGUCACCUACGCCAACAAGCACUACGAGGAUCUCUCCGGGAUAAUAAGCAAGCCGAGCAUUGACAUACUGUCUUUGCUCAAAUCCAUCACCCCGAAGGAAUAUCCGUUUGAAAUUGUGAAAGCGAGGAAUCGUAUAGUUGAAUACAUUCUUGAUGGGCAAUUGAAUAUGGAAUUUAUUGUGAAAGGUUUCAAUAGAUUUGAUCACGUGACACCAAUGAACAUUCUUAUAGCGCUUUUAACUCGAAUUGACAAACGAGUUCCCCAGUUGCCGAAGCACGUUUCGCAGUCGGUGAAAAUGCUGCAAGUCUUCUUGUUGUACAAGAAAGUCCAGUGCUCCAUGUCGUCGACGGUGCCUGUCAACCUUCUGGACGCUUCGGUCGUGGCCAGCGCGUACGCAGACUCGUCGGUGCCUUCAAACGUUACCGACUUGUUCGCUGAAUUGGCCAAGACUUUAUCGGAAGAAAAUGUCAGUUGGGACGAAGUAGCCCGAAACAUUUCAGUUCACAGGUGCUCUCGACCCCGACAAUGCAUUUACAACUUCCUUUGUUUCAUUCUACGACAAAAAUAUUUACCGAAAGGCCGCUCCACUGUUAUCAUUAAGGAACUGUUAAAACUUCUGGAUCGAGAUGGAAACCCCAUUACACGACAACCUUUAUUGAGUCAGGUUCGUCCACAAGACGACCAAGAAGUGAGCAUUACGGCCUUGGAGACGAGACCUCCACUCGUGACAACGCUGCAACCUCCGAAGGAGGCGAACGCAGCCGCCACGUUGCUGGACACAGGUGCAGGCGCAGGCGCGACGCUAGCGCCGUGGCGGCGCGCCCCGCAGGCUUCGGACGCCCGCUUCUUGCGAGAGGUGGCGACGGCCGCGAGGCGAGCGCAGGCCCUGCCGUUCCCCGCGCUGAGCGCGGUGCAGCAGGAGGAACCCGCCUCGCUCAAGUACCCCGCCACGUGCCUGCCUCGCACGGCCGACGACUCCCAGGAGCACGCCAAAAUCCUCCCCGCGCAAAUGUUGCUCUCGUGGGCACGCUUGCCCCAACUGAUCGGCGACUUCACGCGUCUCUCGCCCAACAUCAAGAAAGGGGAGCUACUCGUGACCUUGAUGGAGAAAAUCAGCCAGUUGGAGGUCAUCAAACGCGUGGAAGACGUUUACAAAUACGUGCAGAGCUUCCUUCAAUUCAUUUCGAGUUUCAGGCAAACUUUAUCCGCCGACUCUGUUGUACAUUUUCCUUCGUUACUAAACGCCCUGCCCGUCGUAAAGUCGGACACGGAGCGACAGUACGUUGCCAAGCUGAAGAACUACUUUUCGAGACCCGAGUUUUACAAGCAACUGGGCGCCCGGUUCAACCCGCGACUGCACAAAACGCGCGGGCAGAUGCUCAAGUACGUGUUGGGUCUGAUGAACUCCCUUCCGCCGGUGAAGUGGGAUCCGAUUCUGCGCAAGGCCAUCGACUACUACGUGGGCAAGGUGUACACGAACGGCUACGGGGCGCAGGAGGUGGAGUGGGCGCUGGUGUCGGAGAGCGCAGAGCCGACCUACGUCGACAUGACCGUCUUCCGGGCGUUGGACCACAGCAAGAUGACGCAGGACGCGCUCCUCGCGGAGUACGAAAUCAUACGAUUCAUUUUCACGGAGUUCAUCCCCAACGUUCACUUGCGCGAUUUCGACGUCAAGGAGUACAAGACGAAGGGGCAGUUCUUGAAAGGGACGUUCCAGUACCUCUUGCAGCAGGACUCCGUCAAGCCAAAGAUUAAGGACGACAUUCGAAUGCUAAUGAAAUUCAUUCGUAUGGACGGCAGAGGUUCGGAACCGUUAGAUUACAACGCAGAUUCGACUCACUGAUGACCGUUAGAUUGCACCGCAGAUUCGACUCACUGAUGACCGGUAGAUUACAACGCAGAUUCGACACACUGAUGACCACUAGAUUACAACACAUUCGACUCACUGAUAACAGAGUCAGGUUUGCAUAACCUCUUAGAUUUAAUGUCAAUAAGCGAAAACCUUGCUUUACUCCAAAGGAACAACUAUUUUGUAACAUAACAUGUCACGUUUAUAUUCAUUAUUUGCCAUUAACUUACGCCAUUACAUUGUAACACGUAAUUAUUUCCUCUUCUCUAUCAGCAAUUUGACAUACUAAUGCUGUUUGAAUGCGUAUGUAAGUAAUUAUUGUACUGGAAUAAAAAAUAUAUUUAUCUAAAUGUGUUGAAAGUAUUUUUUUAAAGAAAAAUACUAGUCGUAUUGUAUUAAAGAAAUAAUAUUUAUGCAAUAUUUGGUAAAAUCUUGAAAGAUUUUGUCAAAGAUGUAAUCAAAGAAUUUCAGAUCAUCCUAGCAAGACAAUUAAGAACAUUAUGCAACAUUUUUUAUUUUUUUGGUGAAUUAUAAUCAUAUCCUUAGACAUUGAGUCUUUUCUUCUAAUGCAAUAUUAUAAAUAAUUCUGCAGUUAUUUUAUUAGA